AUGCCAAAGAAACGUAGAAACGGAGGAAGGUCCAAACAUAAUAGAGGACAUGUAAAUCCUUUGAGAUGUUCUAACUGUGGAAGAUGUGUACCUAAGGAUAAAGCUAUAAAAAGAUUCAAUAUAAGAAAUAUUGUAGAUACCUCAGCACAAAGAGAUAUUAAAGAAGCUUCUGUUUAUUCUACAUUUCAAUUACCUAAAUUAUAUAUUAAACAAUGUUAUUGUGUAUCAUGUGCUAUCCAUUCACGUUUUGUUCGUGUAAGAUCAAGAGAACAAAGAAGAGUAAGAAAAGAAACAUCUAAACAUGUUAACCCAUCACAAUUAUAA